AUGGGAGACAAGUCGGCCUACAUGGGAGUUGGAGCCUAUUGCGGAGGAUCGACCGCUGGACAUGGAUAUGCUCGCGAGGAGUACGCAUAUGGUGAAGCAGCUAAAAGAGCACAACAACAGUCGGGAAGUGGUGUCGGCGAACAACAACAGCAGCAAUCGCAAUCGCAAUCGCAAUCGCAACAGCAACAGCAACAGCUUCCCCCCGGAGUGACCAAGCCCCGCACUGACGUUUCCUGCUACAUGGGACCCAUC